GGGCCGUGGUCGCAUCCAGCGUCGCCCCGCGAUUCGACGGACCUGUUUCGUAUUCGUAGCUGUCGGUGGAAUUGGAACAAGAGUUGUUUACGUGCUUAUGGUAGGAAGUAAUCCGUUAUUGGCUCGGAAAAAUAAUUCGUGCUUGCAAACUCUGUGUAUAUUUUCUUCUUAUUGUACUUUCAUCUCCGAUUUUCUUAUUAGUGGUGUCUUAUUUAAGAAAAGAUCGCGUCUACAUUCUAUAGCAUAGGGCUGAAAUAUGCCGGAAGAACAGAAGUCCGCUGGUGGUCAACCAGAAGUAACGGCAGAAAAUGGUACCGGUACGAACUCGCCGACGAAAAGUCCAGUGAGCAAAGGCAAAACAGCACUUGCGAGAAUCACUUUGCUAGAUGGAUCCGUGAAAGACUUCCACAUAGACAGAAAGGCAAAAGGCCAGGAAUUACUUGACAUGAUAUGUCAGAGUAUGAAUCUGAUGGAGAAAGAUUAUUUCGGGCUUAUUUACGAGGACAGACACGAUACACGAAACUGGUUAGAUCUGGAUAAAAGAAUCGCAAAAUUUGUGAAAAACGAACCGUGGAAAUUUAAUUUCGAAGUGAAGUUUUAUCCACCGGAUCCGGCCCAAUUGCAAGAGGACAUAACACGAUAUCAGCUAUGCCUUCAAAUCAGAAACGAUAUUAUCACAGGACGAUUACCGUGUUCGUUCGUGACUCAUGCUCUUCUAGGUUCAUAUUUAGUUCAGUCUGAAGUUGGAGAUUACGACCCAGACGAGCACGGUCGCACAUAUUUAAAGGACUUCAAGUUUGCUCCUAAUCAAACUCCAGAGUUAGUGGAGAAAGUAAUGGACCUGCAUAAAACACACAAAGGACAAACACCCGCCGAAGCGGAACUCCACUAUCUCGAGAAUGCAAAAAAAUUAGCAAUGUAUGGAGUUGAUCUCCAUCCUGCGAAAGACUCUGAAGGCGUCGAUAUAAUGUUAGGUGUAUGUUCAUCAGGUCUUCUCGUCUAUAGGGAUCGGUUAAGAAUCAAUAGGUUUGCUUGGCCAAAGAUACUAAAAAUCUCAUAUAAAAGGCAUAAUUUCUACAUAAAGAUCAGGCCAGGUGAAUUCGAGCAAUUUGAGUCGACGAUUGGUUUCAAAUUAGCUAAUCAUAGAGCUGCGAAAAAAUUAUGGAAAGUGUGUGUAGAACACCAUACUUUCUUCAGACUCAUGAGUCCUGAGCCCGUAAAGAAAGUCGGUUUGCUACCACAUUUAGGGUCCAGAUUUCGUUACUCUGGACGAACUCACUACGAAACGAAGAAGACACCCAUCGAUAGACAACCUCCAAAAUUCGAAAGAUCUUUAAGUGGCCGUCGUCCCACAUCUCGUAGUAUGGAUGCGCUAGGGGGUCCUAAACAAGUUGAAUCUUAUGGUUCAGAACCAAGUAAGAGGCAUACAAUGAGCUAUGAACCUGAAAUGAUUCCUGACAUGGAGCAUAUAGAUCAACGGCCUAGUCCAAUAAAAAAACAGAAAGAAAAGCUCACACGCAAAACAAGUGCUGGAACAACAUCAGCUAGCAGUACCAGUAGCCUGGAAGGAGAAUAUGAUGCAGAUCGUGGCAAAAAGAAACCGGUCGGAGGAAUCGCGGUCCUACCGCCCGGUGGUCUAUUUAAGAAGAAAAAGGAUAAGCAAAAUGAAAGCGAAAAGGAAAAUCAUAAUGAUCUCAACAAUUCUGAUUUAAUAAAUGAAAGUGCUAUUAUUGAUAACAACGACGUGAAGUCAUCUAAAAAAGAAUUGAAAAAGAAAGAUAAGGAAACGUCAGAAAAAAGUGCUAUUUUUGACAAGAAUGAAAUAAAGUCACCCAGUAAAAAAGAAUUGAAAAAGAAAGAAAAAGAAACGCCAGAAAGAAGUGCUUUUAUUGAUGAAUUAAAAUCACUUACUAAAAGAGAUUUAAAAAAGAAAGAUAAAGAAAUAGCGGAAAAGAGUGCUGCUCUUGAAAACAACGAAAUAAAGCCACUUAGUAAAAAGGAGUUGAAAAAGAGAGAAAAGGAAAUGUUAGAGAAGAAAGAUAAAGAAACGUCAGAAAAGAAAGACAAAGAAACGUCAGAAAAGAAAGACAAGGAAAUAUCAGGAAAGAAAGAAAAAGAAAUAUCAGAAAAGAAAGACAAGGAUACAUUAGAAAAGAAAGAUAAAGAAACAUUAGGAAAAAAAGACAAGGAGACACCAGAAAAGAAAGAUAAGGAAACAUCAGAAAAAAAGGAUAAGGAAACGUUAGAAAAGAAAAAUAAGGAAAUAUCAGAAAAGAAAGACAAGGAAUCUCCAGAAAAAAAAGAUAAGGAAUCGUUAGAAAAAAAAGAUAAAGAAAUACCAGAAAAAAAAGAUAAAGAAAAGAAAGACAAAAUAAAGGAUAUACGGGAUGUAAUAAAACCACUUUCUUCAAAAACGAAGAAAAUUUUAACUUCAAGCACUACCCCAACAAUAGUGAAAACCACCACUAAACAAUCAGUAGUGAAGGAUCAAGAAGGUGUAACACAAAACAUUGAAGAGAAAGUUGAAGAUCUUACACCUGGAGGCACAGGCCAAGUAACUGUUUCUACACAAAUUAAUAAGGCAGAGACAUCUGAUGAUGGUAGAGCUCCAUACAUGACAGCAACUGCUGUCACUACACGCACUGCUACAAUGCAUGAAGAUCUUGAAAAAAAUCAGAAAACCAGUCAGGUAGAAGAAAAAACUGUAGCACAUACAACAGCAACCAGUGCAACAAGACAAGAACAGAGAGUAGUAACUCAAGAAGUUCGAACAACAAGUCAUGUACUUUCUGGCGAGCAGCUGUUCUCACGAAGGCUCAGUACAUCCAGUUCAAGCAGUGAUGAUUCAGGUACUCCAAUUGACCUUGAAGAUGAUCAACAGGCAUUCUACAAUCAGUAUUAUCAGGGUGAUCCAGCUGGUGUUGAAACUGAGACACAUGUUUACAAAGGAGAACCAGAAAAUAAUGUAACAACAACUACUACAGUUCCACUAACAGCAACUGAAACUAGGAAGGUAGCUGUUGAAAGUGAAGAUGGUAUGUACAGUGCAACUGGGGAAAUAGUUAGUUCUCAAACAAUAUCCAGUAAAACUCGCACUGUUGAAACGAUAACGUAUAAAACUGAAAGAGAUGGAGUUGUAGAAACUCGCGUAGAACAAAAAAUCACAAUACAAUCAGAUGGUGAUCCGAUUGAUCAUGAUCGAGCUUUAGCAGAAGCAAUUCAAGAAGCAGCAGCAAUGAAUCCUGAUAUGACAGUAGAAAAGAUAGAAAUUCAACAGCAAACAGCGCAGUAAUUUGUAAUUAAUUAAAAAUUACCCUUAUAAGAGAUAAAGGGCACUCUUUGUCUAAAAAAUAUAAUGCUCGUAAUUCUAAAAGAAGGGAUAAAAUAAAAAAUUUAAUUGAUACACAGGAUGUUUCCGAGUCGGUGGCAUAAUCAGAAAGGAAGUGAUUUUA